AGCUUAUAACUUGAACCCUCGUUGUAACCAUGCCUCCUCCUCCGGCUGGCCCCUCCAAGGCCACGGCAGCUAAGGGAAUCCUCAUGGAGAGAGUUCCCAUUGUUAGUGCAAUCCAUAUGUUAUGUAAAGACUUUGGAUGGAAACUCAUCACAAUGCUGCACUUCACUAAUCACUGGGCCAAGGGUUACAGCUACCUCAUGCUGUAUUCCAGUGUUCCGUUCUAUUUUCGGUCCAUGAACGUGAGUGGCCCAGAUAUUGACCGAUAUACCUCAGUGGUUUUCAUGCCUUGGGCGAUGAAGCCCUGGCUCGGUGUGAUCUCCGACUCUCUCCCCAUGUUUGGCUACCACAAGCUCCCGUAUAUGAUGAUCUUAAGCAUCCUUGGUCUAGCCGGUACCAUCCUGGCAGUGUCUCUAGACCUGGUCGAGAGCAAUGCGCCGAUUGGGACGGUUGGGCUUUUCAUGGCGAACCUUCAGCUGAUGGGGUACGACCUGCUUGCUGAGGCGGUAUACUCUCGCCGUUUAGCCGGUGUUCCCGAAUCGGGACCGGCUCUAGUGAGCUACGUGUGGACCGGGAAUCAACUACUGGGUCUCGUCGCGGUGCUGCUCGUCGGCUUCAUUGUUGAGCACGCUGAUGGAGUUUGGAGCCUUGGUGGUGCACAGUGGGCAAUUCUGACUACAAUCUUCGCAUCUUCUACUGUUAUCAUACCCGCGGGGCUAAACUUCUUCGAGGAGAAGCGGUUGACCAAAGAAGAGUCCAGAGCUCAUCGUAAGCAUUUGUGGGGCAAGCAAACGACUGUUGCCGUUCUUUCGGUUGUGGUUGGAGUGACGGCCGUGGUUUAUUCUAUCAUUAACUUGGUCGCUACCUCUAAUACGGUCGCUUUCGUGACCGCCAUCUCGUCCACGAUUUUCCUCACUGGUUUCGCAUUCAUUGUGAUGAGGCCAGUGAUCGGAAAGCUGAUGUUGUUCAAUGCGAUAUCGCAAAUUACCAUUAUCGCGGUUGGGGGUCCCGCGAUCUACUUCUACACCAACGACGCUACCAUGUAUCCCGCUGGACCGCAUUUCUCCGACGUUUUCUAUGGCUCAGUACUGGGGACCGUUGGACAGCUCUGCUCAGUGCUCGCCCUCCUUGCUUUCGGCAAGUUCAUGAAGAGUUGGAAGUAUAGGACAGUGUACUUCUCGAUGACGGCAAUGUUGGUGAUCAUGCAGCUAGGCGACCCUAUUAUUUUCUCUCGACUAAAUGUCCGUAUCGGAAUCCCCGAUCAGGUCUUCGCUAUAGGCAGCACAGCCUUAGUGGCCGCAGUGUCUAUGAUACAGUUCAUGCCAGGGUUCCUCAUCCUGUCUCAUUUAUGCCCUAAGAAUAUGGAAGCUACUAUGUUCGCCUUAUUGGCAUCGUUAUCGAACUAUGCCCAGAAUGUUACACGCCCUAUUGCAGGCUUCAUCAGUCAAUCUUUGGGAGUUGUCCCACGAGGCCUACCUGGUGUUGACGAAUCGGAGCAGUUUGACAACCUCUGGAUUGUGUCAUUGAUACUGAUAGGCUUAAGUGCCACGUCGCUCUUCUUUCUCUGGUUGAUACCUAAUGCCAGGAUGAACGAGCGUAUCAUGGCCGACGGUGAUGAUACCUCGGCUACUUCUGGUUCACUAUUCGAGAGGUGGAUGCGAAGCAGACGCGGUUCCACAGGGGAAGUAGAGGUCAAAUCUGAGGCUCCUAAGCUCACUAUUGAGGAAGAGAGUAAUCCUAUCACUUAAGCUUGAUCAGACUUCGUCGCGUAGAAGAUAUAUCACUGUCUCGUGUCUAGAGAGCUUGUGUCGAAUCAUUAUUCUUUGUUGUGACAUUUCAUGGGGCGUGAUGGCGCUAAUGGAUUGUAGGGCUUACAGUCGCCGAUCUAUACGACGAGUGAUUUCUACUAGGCCGGUGUACAAUCCAUUAUUAGUCGCCGAGAGUCGUUGCCCCUUACAAUGGCAGUCUUAACGUCGUAAUAUUAUCGAUUAUCGAUCAUCCGCUUUCGAUUCAUCUCGCGAUAUUCAAUCGCAGUCUUGGGAAGUCUAAACUGCUUAGCAGGAAGCAAUUCUG